AUGGUAUCGAAAUCAACUACUAAAUGUGAUCGAACAAACGAAGAAAUCGAAUUAAUUGACCUUGAUCAAAUGCUCUGUUCUCUCAAUUCUGGUAGUAUUAAAAAAAUGGCACAAUCAGACCUUCAACAAAUUUAUUCACGUAUUAUAUCACAAGAAAAAUCAUUAACAUUUCGUCAAAUGAUUUUUUCAUUGGCGAGAGAAAUUUAUGGUCCAAGUGAUUCGAUUAAUCAAAUAUUAAAUUCUAAUUCUGAGAUUCUGGGUGAUGAUUUCAAUAUAAUUAUUCAGGACCCUUCUCAAAAAAUAUAUAAUUCUUCCACAUCUGCAAAUGAUCACAUUAAGCAAGAUUCGCUGAACGUAUACGAAGGAGACGUUGUAAUGUUUGAUUCUACACAAGAAAACAAAGUAGAUCAUAAAGAUCUUAAUCAUACGUCAAACCGCAACGGUACUAUUGAACUUACGUCUGAAUAUACUACAUUUCAUGAUAAUAUAUUAGAAGCUCAACAUCAAGAACAGUCAUCACUUUUAGAACCUGUCAUAGAUCUUGGACCAACAUAUGUCAAUGGAGAAAAACCUUUGGAAAAUUUACGACAUGAAGAACCUGAUGAAAUAAUAAUUCAACGAAGGCCUUUGAUAUCUGAAUCUCAAAAUUACAUUUCACCUACUGAUGAAGAAAAUAAAGGUCCAUCAGGUUCUCAAACACGACCGCAACAAUCAAGCAAGUUGGUGUCAGAUGUUCAAUCUAAAGAACGUAUUGAUUCUCACUAUGUCAAAAAGGAGGAUGAAAAUACUCAUGGAACUUUUUUGAAUCAAGAAUACCAGAGAGAAAAGACCACUGAUAUAAUUAAAACUGAAGGGAGUGCAUCAGAUAAUUUGGACACUUUACAUAAAUUUCCGGAAGUAUCUAUUUCUAGCGAGUCGAAUGGAUAG